GAUCUGUACUGUGCCAGGCUCUCUGCCCCUUGUGAUCCGCUGGGACGCCCCCCGCAGGUAUGUGGGGGAGGAUGGUCUCGGAUUACGGCUCUGGGUUCAACAGUCUCACCACAGGUGCCGAUUUCCCCCCGUCUGGGUGGCUUGCAAGUUCAUUGUGGCAUUCUUCAGUUGCCCCACCCAGUGGCAGAAGUAGCCACACACGGAGACACAGCAUUACAUCUGACAGUGGUGAUACCGGUAUAGGAACCUCUUGUUCGGACAGUCUGGAAGAUCACUCCACUUCCAGUGGUACAUCCACGUUUAAGCCAGUGAACCCACUGGUGUGUCUUCCAUCUGCCCAUGUCAUGCCCUCUACAGUCAGGUCGUCACUGCCCAGACACAGAGAGGACAAGCUGGAGACUUCCUGUUGGGAUAGCGGUUAUUCCUUGCCUGGGGCUGGUAGAACAUAUGGCCCUACUGACACUCCCCUUGACAUGAAGGACUCCAGGCCAAUGAAGAAGUGGUCAUCUCUUUCUAAGUUGAGCACACAGGAUGCUUGUGGUCAAGUGGACAAAGCCGGGUCACGGCAUAGCCUUGAACGCAUGGGUCGAGAGAGUUCACUGUCCCAGCAGUCACGAGCCUAUAGGCCAGCAUGUCUUCACUACAGCAUGGAAGCUCUUAAACUGGACGAUAAGGAGAUAGAUAAAAAAGAUCUGAUGGACAUAGACCUCAAAUAUAAGUACGACAGCUGCCGCAGUAGUGACUUUACUAAAUCUGCUCCACAAACUAGGAGGCAUACCUUGGAUAUGACUUAUAGUGCCUUACCGGAAAGUAAGCCGCCUGCUAGUGACUCAUGUGUACAAAAACACAGUUAUUUUGGGUACCAGGCUGGCACCCCUCUUCAGUCUUCAUUAAGAACUCAGAUGUGGCUUUCAGAUCAGCUCCAUGCAAAUUCUCAGGACAGGCGAACUCCAGAGGAAGCCUGUUGUCUGUCUGCUUGGAAUCCAUUAGAACAUCUCCGUCAAGACACAGAGGUACUAACAGCUGCAACGACCCCUACAAGGCCAGCGUUUUCUACUGUGCCAGUGAGCCAAGACGUCUCCAAGUGGGAGUCCCUGCUGAAGAUCAAAGAAGGGUUAAUACGACAGAAAGAGAUUGUAAUUGACAGGCAAAGGCAGCAUAUCGGCCACCUACAACAAGCCGUCAGGGGCAGCGAGUUGCGCACCCACCCAGCAUCCACAAGUCCGGUCAUGAAUGGAGAAGAUAGCUAUGUCCAUGGGAUCAAGGGAUCUCCAUGUGAAUGCUGUAAACCUCUGCAGAAUUUGGGUUUGGACAGAUUAAAUCCCCUCCUUCGAGACAGAGGUGAAUUAGAGGGAAAGCUUUCUCCAGUAGAAGUGGGAGUUGCACCGCUCAAUGAGGUCUUGAAACAGGGCCUUAUGAAACCCAGCGAAGACUUGAGGAAGAUGGAGGAGAAGAUAAAAACGAGAGACAAAUACAUUAACAGCCUGAGGAAGAAAUGUCAGAAAGAAAAUGAUCUAAACCGGGAGAAGCAGAGGCGGAUAGAGUUUCUGGAGAAAUACGUGGCUGACCUGCCUACUCUUGAAGAUGUGCAGAGGCAGAGUGAAAGGCUUCAGGUAUUAGAAGAAGAAAACAAGCAGCUGAAAGACACCAUUAAGUGUCUAGAAAACCUCGCCAACGAGUCGAGGACACAGUUUCAAGAAAAAGAAGCACAGACAGAGUGUCAGAAACAGAGGGAAAAAGAACUGGUCUUAACAGUUCAAAGCUUACAGCAAAAAGUCCAGAAAUGUCUGGAGGAUGGCGUCCGACUCCCAAUGUUGGAUACAAAACAGCUACAGAGCGAGAAUGAACGGCUCCAAGAGCAAACAGAGCGUGCUAACAAGGUAAUAGACAAUCAGCAAAGUCAAAUUGACAGCAUGACUGCAGAAAUACAGGCCUUAAGAGAGAAAUUGUUUCAGCAGGGUUCGUGUGUUCUGGUGCUUGAGAAGAAGUUUGCAGAACAACCAGACUGUACAGAAAAGCUGCACACGCUUUCCUUGGAAAACAAGAAGUUAAAGGAAGAACACUUUUCAAUGUGCAAGCAGCUGGAAGAGUUACUGGUGUCCAGACAGCCACUGUCGGAGAAAAUGGCAGUGGCCGAGCAGUUGUUUAAGGAGAUGUCCCACUGUCUGUUUGACUUGAAAGCACUCUGCAGUAUUCUGAAUCAGCGCGUCCAGGGCAAGGAGCCCAAUCUUUCUCUGCUCCUGGGCAUACGUUCUGCCAGCUCCUGCUCUGAGGAGAGUGAAGCCAGCAGCCAUAGCACGGAGAGUCUGACCAAGAAACUGGCUGAUGCGUGGCAGCUCCGAAAAGACAUUGAUGAACUGCGGACGACACUGUCAGACUGCUAUGCUCAGGAUAUGGGUGAUAAUUGUAUUACCCAAUGAUUGACUGGGACUUUCUACUUUAACAUUGAAUGCUUCACCUCCAUUUCUGUCUGGGAGCCAUAUUCUGGAACAUUACUAUGCAUAACACCUGAGGUGCUUGGUCUACAUUUCACCACUGCUCUACACAAAUGAAGCUAGUCAUUUUAUGGAAUAUCCUACUCAUCUGGAAAAAUGAACUACUGAAUGACAAACCAGUGAAUGUAUAACAAACCUCUCUGGAUGUACGAAUGUCUAAGGUUGGAAAGUGAAGGCUGCAAUUUUGGUAUUCUGUAUUGAUCUUUGGGAUCUACUGCCAACCGGUUGGUGGUA